GCAAAUGAGCAUUGUUGACUUUGGGAGCAAGAAGGAAAAUGUUCAGAAAUUCAAUCAACCAACCGAGAUUCGUGAAACAGCUUCAACUGGAAGAAAGUCAAAACAUUCUUUGAAUGAGUCAGAAAUGGAAGUUGAUGGUAGAGAUGAUGUUAAAAGUGUUCGUUCUUAUGUCUCUACAGCCAGUACAUUUCGACCUAAAGGAGAAUCUUGUGAAGAAAGAAGGCUGAGAAAACAGGCAAUAAAGGAAGAACGUCGUGAACGCCGUCAAGAAAAGAAAGCAAAUAAAUUGGCUUUUAGAGAACAAAGAAAAGCUAUAAAUGUGGAAAGAUCAACUAUUGGGGGAGGUAAAAUAAAAAUUCGACCAAUUAAUUAAUUUAAUAAAAAUUUUUGUUGAUUUUUUCGAUUUUUGAGGUGUUUUAAGAUUUUUUUCGUUGAAAAAUGUUUAAAAAUAUUUUUAAAAAUUUUUUGAGAAAAAUUCUAAUAAGGAGUAAUUCCCUACUGGCAUUAAAAAUAUAAUUAUAAAUUAAUUUUAAAAAUUUGGGCUCCGUAUAAGAGGGGUUACAGGGAGGAUUUUUCUGAAUUUGGUAGUCUUUUAUCGUAGUAUUUUUUGGUGAAACCUGUUUUUUAG